AUGUUUAAACUGGGUCGUUCCAGCUUGGCCCCGGCCUUGAAGGCCUUCAGAGUGGAUACUCCCCUGCGGAGCUCAAUGCAACAGCGGAGGAACCUGAGCAUUCACGAAUACCUAUCAGCGAGACUACUGAAAACUUACGGCAUCGGCGUCCCCAACGGCCAGGUUGCGAAGUCACCCGAAGAAGCCGAGUCUGUUGCGAAAGAGAUUGGCGGAGAUGACAUGGUUAUCAAAGCCCAGGUGCUCGCCGGAGGUCGAGGAAAGGGUACAUUUGACAAUGGCUUGAAGGGCGGUGUCAGGGUCAUCUACUCGCCCACGGAGGCCAAGAUGUUCGCCGAGCAAAUGAUCGGUCACAAACUCUUCACCAAGCAAACCGGCCCCCGAGGCCGGAUCUGUAACUCGGUGUACAUUUGCGAGCGGAAGUUUGCUCGACGGGAAUUCUACCUGGCCAUUCUGAUGGAUCGAUCCACCCAAUCCCCCGUCAUUGUGGCUUCGUCGCAGGGCGGUAUGGACAUUGAAACAGUGGCCAAGGAAUCACCUGACGCGAUCAUCAGCACCCCUAUUGACAUCCAUGUCGGGGUCACCGAUGAGAUUGGCAGGAAGAUUGCGACCGAGCUGGGUUUCAGCGAACAGUGCAUUGAAGACGCGAAGAACACGAUCCAGAAAUUAUACCAGGUCUUCAAGGAGAAGGAUGCCACCCAGAUUGAAAUCAACCCUCUCAGCGAAACCAGCGAUCAUCAGGUCUUGUGCAUGGAUGCCAAACUCAACUUCGAUGACAACGCCGAGUUCCGCCAGAAGGAGAUUUUCAGCUGGAGAGAUACUUCCCAGGAAGAUGCCGACGAAGUCAAGGCUGCCGAAUUCGGCCUCAACUUUAUCAAGCUGGAUGGAGAUAUCGGAUGUCUGGUCAAUGGCGCUGGUCUCGCCAUGGCCACCAUGGAUAUCAUCAAGCUCAACGGCGGCACCCCGGCCAACUUCUUGGAUGUCGGCGGUGGCGCCACCCCUGAAGCCAUCCGAAAGGCGUUCGAGUUGAUCACCAACGACCCUAAGGUCACGGCAAUCUUCGUUAACAUCUUCGGCGGCAUUGUCAGAUGUGAUGCCAUUGCUCAAGGUUUGAUUCACGUGGUGCACGAGAUGAACCUGCGACUGCCAAUUGUGUGUCGACUACAAGGCACCAACAUGGAGAAGGCUGCUGAGUUGGUCAACAACUCUGGACUCAAGAUUUUCUCCAUCACCGAUCUUCAAGAUGCGGCCGCGAAGGCGGUUGACUUCUCCAAGAUUGUCAAGAUGGCCAGAGAUAUUGAUGUUGGCGUCGAGUUUUCUCUGGGUAUCUGA